AUGAGUAAGAAAGUGAAUAAUUAUAAUGCGUGUAUAUUUUGCUUACGGUCCAUUAAGUUGAAUCCAGGUUUAUCUUUACAUAAUUUUCCUAAAGACCAAGCUUUACGGCUAAAAUGGAUGGAGGCCUGUGGAUUUAGUGAAUCAGACAUUUAUCCUAAGCGUAAACUAUGUUCAGUUCAUUUUGAAAAAAAUUGCUAUACUGGAUUAAAUAAAAAUGUUCUGAAGCGUGGCUCAGUUCCUACUUUGCAUAUUAAAAAGUUAGUUAAAUUAUUAGGUAUUGUUUGUAUUAAUAUAUUAUGUAUUAAAAAGUGUAAUGAAACAGUAAAUGCUCCUUCCACACCUAGGGUUCAUGAUUUAAUUCCAGUACAACCUACCUCUUCCAUUGACAAUUCAGCAGAAAUUCAAAAACGCAAACUCGACUUGAGUCCAGAUAAAAUUAUGUCUGAGGAGCCAUCAUCACCAAUUUUGAUUACUAGUAAUACUGAAGUAAUUGAUACACCUACUCAUAAAAAAAGAAAAUGCUUUGUUGGUGAUAUUAAAACACCUGACCUUGCCACCCCAAGGAGAGCUAAAAGGCAUUUCAACAGGGCUAAGCUUCAGGUCAUGGUUCAAAGAAAUAAUAUUAAAGUUCUAAAUCAAACCAUUAGACGGCAAAAAAAUAAAUUGUCAUCUUUAGAAGCGCUUUUAAAGCAUUUAAAAUCAACAAACCUUCUCACUGAAGAAGCUCAUGAUUCGAUAUUGGUAUUAAUUAUUUAUGAAGAUUGUUGUGUGUAUAUUUAUUCUACUUGUCAUGGUUUAAGUGUCCGAGAGUUUAAAUGUUACAACAAUAUGGUUUUAUGUACCUAA